AUGCCCACCGCCAAGCGACUCAAGGGCAGUGGUGAUGCCAAGUCACAACCCAAGAAGCAGGACUCAGCCAGACCUACCGCUGCCGACAUAGAAGGCGAGAAUGAGUUCGCGCAGCUGGCCAACAAGCAUUGGCUGAAGCCCACCAAGCGCGCGGCCAAGACCAAGACCAAGGCCAAGGCCAAGGUCAAGGUCAAGAACGAUGUCCUGAAGCGGGACAUUUGGGAUGCCCUAGAGAAGGACGGCUUUCAAUACAAGUCCUUGUUGGUUCUCGAAGGGCUCCAGAUUCUAGAAAGCUACCUCUGGCCCGGAUAUUCCGAAGAAGCUUCCAACUUCCAUGUCCUCUUGAUUGCUCUCGUCACCAAUGCCAAGGCGCGCGAACGUCUCGAGACCUGGUCCAUAUUCGAGGACCGCCCCGCCGACUUCUCGGUACUCUUCAGGCGCAUCCUGACCAUGACUCUCGACAACACACUGUCGCUUGCCAUAAGGACGCAUCUCUUGUGUUUCAUCAUCUAUGCGUUCGAAAGCCUCGACUGCGCCAUUGUCAGGAAAGAGUGUGCGCCGCUCGUCUCCAUAUCCAUCUGGCACAACCUGUCAACCGAGACGAAACGAGACGCAAAGCUCGGAGACACUGCCCAUCUGAAGAAGGCUUGGAAGGCUGCCGCACGGAGGUACGAGUCGGCAGAUGAUGAGACCAAGGCGCGCCUCCGCUUUGAGAGGCAAUGGCUGUUCACUUUGACCCUACACUUUCUGAACUUGCUCCACGGUGACCGCUUCAAAGAUGAAGAAGUGCUCUACGUUUCCCGGUUCAUGGAAUUCCUGACAGACUUACAGAGCUCUCUGCCGACUCGUAGAUACGUCAAUACCUUGUUGCAGGACUUGCAUCUCUUAGUGGCAAUCAAACUAUCGCCGUUGUUUAGCGCCGAGGAGAAUGCCCCCUUGCGCAGGCAGUGGUUCUUGUUGCGGCACUACACUCGCUUUAGUAUCGAUGACCAAACGGGCAUACAGCACAGCCGGACAGAAGCAUACGAACGCCACUGCGACUCGCUAAAGAAACUACAGCAUGUUGCUUUCCGCCACUUCAAGGACAAGCUGGCUGUGCUAGCAUUGUCCAACUACGCUUCCAUCGAUAAAAUUGAUGAACUCAAGGCCCUUCUUCAGCCUCUGGACGACGAUGAGACCCGUAACCUGGCAUCGCUCUUGGAACUGAGGACCGAAUACCCUCCAUCCUCAAAGGUGGUAACUGAUCGGGCCUUCCUAACAGAAGCCCUCUGCACUACUUUCGAGAGAGUCAAGACCUUCCAGGACACUCUCCCCAAUAUCCUACCAACCGAGCAAGAACUAUUAGAUCCACUUCUGCUAAGUACGGACGAUUACGACGGCUCCAAACCCCUUGCGUUGCCGAAGCUCAACUUACAGUAUCUCUCUGUUGGCGAUUUCCUCUUCCGAGCCUUGCUGCUGUACCGAGCUGAAGCCUUCUACGGCAUCAGGAACGAUAUUGAGUCCGCACUGAGGCGUCUGCGGCCUGAAAUAGGAAGGUCUGGCGAAACAAAAUUCAGCGGGUUCUCAAAAAUGGCGCUGCCCACAUCGAAACCAUCAAUCCUCGAAGUCAUUCCACCAUUGGUAGGCGAAAAGAAGCCUUCCAUGGUUCGUGCCGAGAUUUCGAUAGAUGUGCGCCGGCUUAGUGAUCACGUCCGCCGUGAAUGGGAUUCUUUGAGGCCAGAUGAGGUUAUCUUUCUGGUAUCCGUGGACGCCUCUAUGCCACAAACCGCAACGAACGGGGAGACCAUACCUCUAUCAGAAGCCGAAAAACUCGGUCUAAUCGUUGUCAGGUCCGCUGAAGUAGCCCAAAUCAUGGACGACAAAGGUCGUUCGAUCAAAGAUCCGAGUACUCACGCACAUGGCGGAAAUCGAUCCCCUACCCGAAGAAUACAAGUAAAGUUGGAUGCGAAUGCGUACCAGUGCGACAUGGACGACGCGUCUGCGGGCAAGCCGGAUGUCUAUGAGAAGAUCAACCUAAUCGUUAGGAGGGGCGGACGCGAGAACAACUUCAAGCCGGUCUUGGAGUCUAUCCGUAGUCUAGUGCGGUCUGAAGUACCCCUUGCCCCAUGGCUACAUGAAGUAUUCCUGGGCUACGGUGAUCCAGCUGCCGCAACCUACAAGAACUUGCCGAACAGGGCAAAGAAGAUUGAUUACAGGGACACGUUCCUCAACUGGCAGCAUCUCGUUGAGAGCAUGCCUGGAAAAGCAGUCGAGCCUGGCUUCAAUGUCACCGGCAGCUUCCCGCCGCCUUAUGUGCUAGAGUCAGUCGACAAAGCUGCCGAAGAGCAAAAGGCCCAGCCAUCGAAGAAAAGAAGAAGAGACACUGAGCCAGUCCUUCUUGAUGAGAUAGAGACGUACCACGUCUCCACGUAUAAGCCACCAAAUACGGGCCCUUACCCGGUUGACGCGCCGAGAUGGAACAGUGUACGAUUUACAGCUUCCCAAGUUGAGGCCAUCAUUUCUGGUACUCAACCAGGACUUACUGUCAUUGUCGGCCCUCCCGGGACUGGCAAAACAGAUGUCGCCACACAGAUUAUUAGCAACAUAUACCACAACUUUCCAGAGCAACGAACGCUUCUCAUCGCGCAUUCUAACCAAGCACUGAACCAACUUUUCGCGAAGAUAGCUGCAUUAGAUAUUGACGAGCGGCAUCUGCUGCGCCUUGGACACGGCGAGGAAGAACUGGACUUGGAGGGCAACUUCAGCAAACAAGGUCGUAUUGAACAGUUCAUGGAGAACCGCGACCAGUACCUUCAAGAGGUUAACCGUCUCGCUGCAAGCAUCGGUGCACCUGGUGCUCAUGGCAAUUCUGCCGAAACAGCGGGUUACUUCGACUCCGUGUACAUUCAGCCUGCAUGGGCCAAGUUCACAGAAGCGACAUCUGACGACACGUCACCUUCGGAUAUUGUCCAGGCCUUCCCCUUCCACCAAUUCUUCUAUAACGCGCCGCAGCCUUUAUUCCCUCCUGAUGCAGACCGAGACGCCGUGUUAGACAUUGCCAAUGGUUGCUGGUACCAUAUUUCCAAGAUCUUUUCCGAACUUAAGGAUGUACAGCCCUUCGAGAUUCUCAAGAGGGAAAGGGACAAGGCCAAUUACCUUCUCACCAAUGAGGCUCGGAUCAUUGCUAUGACUUCGACUCACGCUGCAAUGCGAAGGGGCGAGAUAGCGAAUCUUGGUUUCCACUACGACAACGUGGUUAUGGAGGAGGCUGCCCAGAUCACAGAGAUAGAGAACUUCAUUCCGCUAGCGAUGCAGAAGCCGAAGGAUGGGUCGACCCCAUUGCAGAGAGUCGUCCUUUGUGGAGAUCACUACCAGAACUCACCUGUUAUACAGAAUUUUGCCUUCCGCCACUUUGCCAAUCUCGAGCAGUCUCUCUUCUCCCGUCUCAUUCGUAUUGGCAUUCCGGCAAUCACGCUCGACCAACAAGGCCGCGCUCGUCCCUCGAUUGCAGCGCUUUACCAAUGGCGGUAUCCUAGCCUCGGAAAUCUACCACACGUUGAGAGUCUCAAGGAAUUCCAGAUGGCAAAUGCAGGUUUCAAGUAUGAUUACCAGUUUAUCGACGUCCCCGAUUACAAAGGUCGUGGCGAAAUGGAGCCUACUCCCCAUUUCGUUCAAAAUCUCGGAGAAGCUGAAUACGCGGUGGCUAUUUUCCAAUACAUGCGUCUCCUCGGAUAUCCAGCCGAGAAGAUAAGCAUCCUGACAACAUAUGCGGGACAGCGUGCGCUUGUUAAGGAUGUGCUCGGGCAUAGAUGUGCCAAGAACCCUAUUUUCGGUUUGCCCAAGAUCGUCACAACGGUCGACAAGUACCAAGGCGAACAGAAUGAUUACAUCAUUCUAUCCUUGACUCGUACGUCUCGCGUGGGAUACCUUCGCGACAUUCGGCGCCUCACUGUGGCCUUGUCACGUGCGCGGCUAGGCCUCUAUAUCCUUGGCCGCCGUGAGGUUUUCGAGUCGUGUUACGAGCUGAGACAGGCAUUCGAGCUGCUCCUCCAAAGGCCUGACAAGCUCACCCUUGCCACUGGAGAGCUGUGGCCCUCGGAGCGUCUGCAAGCCAGCGAGGAAGGCGAGUCUGUCCCUGGGGAGGCCGCUAUGGAAGGCGUGGAACACUUGGGUCAAUACGUCUUCGAGAUGACAACGGCAAAACUCAAGCAGCUGAGGCAGGAGCGCGGUCUCCCGGAAGCAGAGGUAGUGGAAGUGUUGGAACCGGUCAAAGAGGAAGAAGAGAGCGGAUACGCCGAGGGCGUCGGCGCCGGCGAGGAAGAUGCCGACGACGUGGAAGAGGAGAUCAAGGAAGGAUUCGAGGCUGAGGAAGGUGAUGAUGGGCAGUAG